CACAGUCUCAGCGCACUUCCCACACGUUCUGUUUCGUGCAUCUGCUCAACGUUCCCACGAUCUAAAACACAUGCUAACGGCUCAAAGAUUUUCCCAUCAACCAGCCAGCCAGACAUUUUUAGGGGUUGUUUUCAACCUUGCAUGAGUACGCCUGAGUGCAAUGAGAAUUUCAACCACCUUUGACUUCGGGCUAUAAAAGGUUGAUCCUCCCAGUGAGUAGACAUCAUUCUCAUUACAACUUUCAAGAGAAACACAUCUCUCACAUUAACAACACACACAAAAAAUGGCUCCUCAAAUGGAAUUUGUCUCCAAGACUCAACAUUACCUCAAGGUCAAGAAACCCCAACUGGAACGUGAACGACGUGCUCGUAUCAACAAAUGUCUGGAUAGCCUCAAAGAAUUGGUGGCCGAAUUCCAGGGCAAUGACUCAAUUUUACACAUGGAUAAAGCCGAAAUGUUGGAAACUGCAGUCAACUUCAUCAAGUCACAAGUACGCAAACCAAAAAUUCCUGUAGUUCCACAAGUGCCCAUGGAUUCUUUCCGCCAUGGUUAUAUGAAUGCUGUCAAUGAAGUAUCUCGUGUCAUGGCUGCCACACCCGGCAUGAAUGUCCAAUUGGGCAAAGCUGUUAUGAUCCAUUUGGGUUGUGAAUACAAUCGUUUGUCUGAGGCCACUAAACCAGUUGAAAAUACCGAAGUGUGCUCAGCUCCCAUGUCCCCAGCAUCAUCCGGUUAUCACAGUGAUGAGGAUAUUUCACCAGCCGCAUCACCAGCUCCUUCAACCCCAGUAUGGCGUCCUUGGUAGAUAUUUAAAAUUGAACUACCUUUGGAAUUUGAAAUCAAGAGCUUUAAUGGCAAUAUUGGACUACUACAAUGCUGUGAUAUCCACCCAUCCUACAACUGUGAUAAUCAAACAUUAGAUUUAAGAUAGAAUUAAAAAAUA